AAAACAAACUGAAUUCCAAUUUACUCUUCCAAAAUUAUACUACUAAAAACUUCUCCUUUUUUUCUUGUUUUGAGCAAAAGCCCUUUUCAAUCUUUUGACCUUUUAACAUCCAAAUUAUGAGCAAUCUUGAUUCUCAAAGACAACCACAACAACAACAACAACAUCAAGAUUCCUUAAAAUUGAGGUGGCAAGAAACCCAAAAGAAGACCAACAACCUAUACACCAAACUACUUAGUGGUACUACUACUACUACUACUACUACUACCACCAGAAAGAUGCAAAUAUUUCCCGGUGGAUUCGACGACGAUCUUGUUGUGUCCACGGUGGUGCCGCCUGUCACGGUGGUGCUCGAGGGACGGUCGAUAUGUCAGAGAAUCAGCCUUGAAAAACAUACCAGCUACCAGAGCUUAGCCAAGGCACUAAGACAAAUGUUCGUAGAUGUUAAUAAUGAUGGUGAUGGAAAUGAACCAGUCACAUCAUCAGAUGGGAGUGAUCAACUUGAUCUUUCAAAUGCAAUUCCAGGUCAUCUCAUUGCUUAUGAAGACAUGGAAAAUGAUCUGCUUCUUGUUGGUGACCUCAAAUGGAAUGAUUUUGUUAGAGUGGCAAAGAGAAUCAGAAUACUGCCAAUAAAAGCAAAUUCAAGGAAGAGAAGGGUAGAGAUUUAAUCAACAACAGCGGCUGCACAAGAAAUUUUAGAUCGCAAUAUUGAGGAGUAACAAAAAGAAAUACUCUUUAUGUUCAACGAAAACAAUCGUUUUGAAACAGAACCGAUAACUGUCCAUCAAUCUGUGCCUCUAUGCAAAAUGUGAUAGUAUACAAAAUUGUUGUACUUUCACUUAUUGUUGUUGAAUAAAAUCGACCUUUUUCUG